GCAACGUGAGCGAGACACCCAUCCAUACCUUGGCAAUACCUAUUUGCUCAAAAAGAAGCCCCAGAUCGCAGAUGUGAUCGACCUAAAGUUUCGCUGCGCUUCCAACAUUUUGGAAGCCUUCUGGCAUGAAUGGAGAACAACCGUUUCGAAUCGCGGUGAUCCACCGCAGUGGUGUUCGACGUUGAUGCGGUCCAAAGCAGAUGGUAUGAAUGCCAGCCAGGACGAAAAAGAACCCGUGCCUUUGCUUCCAUUGCACUUUAGGCUUGAUCCCGAGUUUGCAAGUGUGCUUGAAGCAAGAAGGCUGGGCGAAGUCAUGAUGUUACGAGAUUGCAACUAUCACGAUCCCGGCAAUGUAUGCCUGGAUUUCUGUUAUUUUGUACUGCAGCUGUGGAAGUUCGUGCUGCCAACGAAGAUGUCAUUGAUCAAUCAGAUCUCUUGGCGCGACUACGGCGGCCCCAAAGAACGAUCCGGCACGGGGGCUAUGAACCGCCGAGGCAAUAUCAUCGAAGCCUUGAUGGCGAACGCCAUGUGGCAAUCGAAAUGGGAGAAAGAACAUUCUGCCAGGAAGGAAAAGGACCUGGGAAGUUCAAUCGACAAGGGCGUGGAAAGAAAGGAUCUGGAUAGUGACCACCAUGAUGAUUUCGCUGAGCGGGUUCCCAUAGGUGCACCGAACAGCAACAUGCUUGGUCAACACCCCCCACACCUCCAAAGCACCAAAGCACGGAAGCAGGCUACCCUGCACCAGAUCUUCAUACAAGAGCCAUGGCUGAUUCCGAGAAGUUGGCCGCCUGAGGAAGUCCGUGACACCAACAAUACUCCAUAUAUCAACAUGGCCCGGGACCAGAAGGAACUUGCCUACAAGAAUGUAAGCCUGACGUCCGGUGAGGUGUUUCAGCGAAGCGCGCAAUUUUCCACAGGACCCUUUAGCGCCAAGAUUCAUUUUGACACAUUUAGGCUGGGGUUGGCGCAUUUGCAGCAGCCCCUGGCAUGCAUCAGGGGAUUUGCGCAGCUGCUGCAGUUGAUGUCCGGACCACGGGGUGGUCGGACCCAGGACGAGAAGAAAGCGGACCGCCCAUGCGUGCUUUGUGAUCGAGAUUGCGGGCAGCAGAAGGAGUUUGGAAGCAAGGGCCAAAACAGCCGCAUACAGCUUUCGAUUGGCAACCGCUUACUUUGUGACAUUGCGUGGCUGAAGAUGUAUGCAUUCCGCUUGGUUGACGCAGUGACACGUUCAAUUGAGAGCCUGAUUCUGGAAUGGUCAUUUGUGACUGGCAGUGUGGAACGUUGUUUCAUCAGAGUAUUCUCUCCACCGGCCCUACUUGUGACGGACCCAGCAGAGAUCAUGGACCGCCCAGAAAUGACAGAGUGGUCAUUGCUGGAGCAGGCGCGAGCCUCGUGCCGCUAUUGCAAGUAUGCCAGAUCGCGCCUUUUUGGCACCUCUUGGCGGUUUCCCCUGAAGCGCUGUUGUGGCUCCGGGCGCCUGCUGCUGCUGCCCGCGGCAGUGCUGGGUGCGGCGGGGCCAGCGCAAGGGCAGCCGGCGGAGGAGGAUGUGGCGAUGACGCAGCGGCAACUACUUCCACCAAUCCACGAGAGUGAACCGGACCUGUCCUCUUUAUGGCCGAGAUUUGACGUGCUGAUUUGGAAGGCUGGAAGCCUGCCGUCGGGUGAGGAUGGCCCCAUCCAGGCGAAACUUCAGGAAGUGGCUGGCUCAGAUGCAUGUGAGCAUGGCGUGGCUUCGCAACAGACAACGCCAGUGGUACUCUAUUUGUUGCAUCGCCUGGAUCGGCAGGAGGCCGUCGAAGGCGCGGAACUGGAACGGUCCGCGCCCUCAUGUCAUGUAAGGGCUGCUGUCCGAAAGAAUGCUUGUUUCAGUCUUUGUCGUCAUGUGGAGAUGCACCUCCUCCAACUCCUGGAUCGGGCACUGCGUCGAGUCGGGCAUGGCUGUUUUGUGCCUCCAGCGAAGUUUGGAAGCAGGGCCUUGUACUGCUUCUUGCCCUUGAGGGAGGCACCGAGGGCACUUUGGCGUCUAUUUCAUACGCGGGCUGGAAAACAAGAAUCUACAUCAAGAUUCCUGAUGCCAGAACUGACCGUGGAAGGUGAGGAAGGACUGACGCCCGAUGCGAGUGCAGGAUGUUUUUUGUCCACAACCCUGAGGGAGAUCAUGGAUGAUGCGGGUGUACCAACGAUCAGCCAGAGAUAUUUUUUCUCCUGGGCAGCACAAUCUUCUACAGCCAGGUACAAACUGGUGCACAACAACUAUGUCACUGCAAGGGGGGAAGCUCCGCGCAUUACGCGCCCGGGGCUGUGGUUGCUGAACAGCGUAAGUGAGCCAUUGGACACAUUUUCUGAGCAUGACCAAGAAGAGAUUGGCUGCUGGCUGUGCAGGAGUGUGGAGGAUGAGUUUCACAAGCUGGUGACCCAGAAAACCCUGGACCUGAAACUCCUGGAUUCCUUUGUGCCCUUGACU